AUGCCCGCUCCAUCACAGCUUGCCAUCGCCAGCGGCUCUGUGACACGCUUGCUGAAGGAAGAAGCGUCGUAUCACACGGAGCUUGGCAGCCAAGAGGCCGAGAUAGCUAGACUGGAAGAGAGUGUGCAGAAGGGGGACAAUGACGACGACGGCAACGCCGCGUUUAUGCUCAAGCAGAACAGAACUGCUCUUGAGCAAACCAGGGCUGUUUUUGCCCCGUUGCGGGAGAGGAUCAAGACUGCCGUGGCAAAGCUGAAGGAUCAGAUUGCCUUGGCUGAAGAGGCGGGCGGUUCCGACGAGUUGGAGAGUGCGAGGAAAGUCUUGCGAGAUGCCGAAGCGUCCCUUGAAUAA